CAAAUAUCCGAUUAAAUAGAAAAUGAAAUUUUAAUAAAAAAAAAAUACUUUAAAUAAUUAAUUUUAGCUAAAAAGUUUUUUUAUUAUGAAAUUUUAAAACAUGGAAAAGACAAUAGAGAAGAAGGUCUUACUUGGAUAAUACACUAACUAUAGAAUAUGGGUGAAAAUGUAAAUGAAAUUAAUUUACCUGAGUUUUUAGAUAUGAAAUCUAAAGAAUUUUUAAUUAAAAAAUUUAAUAAAUAAAAUGAAAUAAAAGAAUUAGAAAUUAUACAAAAUGCAUGUUUAAAAAUGUUUAAAACAAGCCUAAAAAUAUAGGAAGAAAAUUACUUAUAAAAUUUAUCGUUUUUUAAUGAAGAUUAAUCAACGAUAUAAAAACAUGAAUUUAAUGAAUCAUUAAAUAACAAUACUACUUUGUUAUAAUUUUAAUUAAACAAUAUGUUUACUGCUAAUAAUAAUUGUUUUAGUUCAGUUAAUAUAGCGUAAAUUAAAAAUUAGGAAACAAUUAAUUAAAAGAAAUAAAUUUUAGAUAACAUGUAGUCUUCAUAUGAAGGACUAACUUAAGAAGCUAUAAAUUCUUUAGAAUCUACUAUAGAUUAAUUUAUUUAAAUCAAAUUAACAUCGAAUGAUAUUAUUUAUAAUGAAACUAAAAAAAAAAUCAUUAAUAUAAUUGCAACAAACAAAAGAAAAUAAUAUGAAGAAAAUUAAAAC